AUGGGUACGGUUAGGGUUGGAGUAGUAUGCAGAAGAGUAACUAAAGUGACCAGAGUAGCCACUGGAAGUGCACCUGCUACGAUCAAUGUAUACAUUCGAAAACAAGGUAAGCACGAUGUACUCGUGAUUAUGAACUGUUAUGAAGUUGUUCUGGAAUUAGCUCAAAGUGCGGAUUCCCGAAUCACUCCAUUGAUUCCAUUAGUUGGUUAG